CAUUUUAAGAGGAUCAACGUCCGAGUGACCACCAUGGAUGUGGAGCUGGAGUUCGCCAUCCAGCCAAACACCACAGGAAAGCAGCUUUUUGAUCAGGUGGUUAAGACCAUCGGCCUUAGGGGAGUGUGGUACUUUGGCCUCCAGUAUGUGGAUAACAAAGGAUUUCCUACGUGGUUGAAACUUGAUAAAAAGGUGUCCGCCCAAGAGGUCAGGAAGGAGAACCCGCUGCAGUUCAAGUUCCGGGCCAAGUUCUACCCCGAGGACAUGGCCGAGGAGCUCAUCCAGGACAUCACGCAGAAGCUCUUCUUCCUGCAAGUGAAGGAGGGCAUCCUCAGCAACGAGAUCUACUGCCCGCCCGAGACCGCUGUGCUCCUGGGCUCCUACGCCGUGCAGGCCAAGUUCGGCGACUACAACAAGGAGCUGCACAAGGCCGGCUACCUCGGCUCCGAGCGGCUCAUCCCGCAGAGAGUCAUGGACCAGCACAAGCUCACCAGGGACCAGUGGGAGGACCGGAUCCAGUUGUGGCACGCCGAGCACCGCGGGAUGCUCAAAGACAGUGCCAUGCUGGAAUACCUGAAGAUCACCCAGGACCUGGAAAUGUACGGGAUCAACUAUUUUGAGAUAAAAAAUAAGAAAGGAACAGACCUUUGGCUCGGCGUUGAUGCCCUUGGACUAAAUAUCUAUGAGAAAGAUGAUAAGUUGACCCCAAAGAUUGGCUUCCCAUGGAGCGAGAUCAGGAACAUCUCUUUCAAUGACAAGAAGUUUGUCAUCAAGCCCAUCGACAAGAAGGCUCCUGACUUCGUGUUCUACGCGCCCCGCCUGCGGAUCAACAUGCGGAUCCUGCAGCUCUGCAUGGGGAACCACGAGCUGUACAUGCGCCGCCGGAAGCCCGACACCAUUGAGGUGCAGCAGAUGAAGGCCCAGGCCCGGGAGGAGAAGCACCAGAAGCAGCUGGAGAGGCAGCAGUUGGAAACCGAAAAGAAGAGGAGAGAAACCGUGGAGAGAGAAAAAGAGCAGAUAAUGCGUGAGAAGGAGGAACUGAUGCUCAGGCUUCAGGACUACAAGGAAAAAACUAGGAAGGCGGAGAAAGAGCUCUCCGACCAGAUCCAGAGAGCCCUGAAGCUGGAGGAGGAGAGGAAGCGGGCCCAGGAAGAGGCGGGGCGCCUGGAGGCUGACCGCCUGGCCGCGCUGCGCGCCAAGGAGGAGCUAGAGAAGCAGGAAGCCGACCAGAUCAAGAGCCAGGAGCAGCUGGCCACGGAGCUCGCCGAGUACACGGCCAAGAUCGCCCUCCUGGAGGAGGCGCGGCGGCGCAAGGAGAACGAGGUGGAAGAGUGGCAGCUCCGGGCCAAGGAAGCCCAGGAUGACCUGGUGAAGACCCGGGAGGAGCUGCACCUGGUGAUGACCGCGCCCCCGCCGCCGCCGGCCUACGAGCCGGUGAACUACCACGUGCACGAGGGCCCGCAGGAGGAGGGCACGGAGCUGAGCGCCGAGCUGUCCAGCGAGGGCAUCCUGGACGACCGCAACGAGGAGAAGCGCAUCACCGAGGCUGAGAAGAACGAGCGCGUGCAGCGGCAGCUGAUGACUCUGACCAGUGAGCUGUCCCAGGCCAGAGACGAGAACAAGCGGACCCACAACGACGUCAUCCACAACGAGAACAUGAGGCAAGGCCGGGACAAGUACAAGACGCUGCGGCAGAUCCGGCAAGGCAACACCAAGCAGCGCAUCGACGAGUUCGAGGCCAUGUGAGGGGCCGGGCCUCGGCUCCACCCCGCGCC